AUGGGCCAUGCGCUAUGCGCUCUUAUUCUAGUCGCGGUGGAAGGUAUCAUUUACUAGCUUGUUGGCUAGUUCUCGGCUAGUCGGUGUGUCUGUACUCUCUGGAGAUGAUGGGGAGUAAAUCCAGCACCAUUGCGGCAGGGGUGGCCGGAGCGUUGUUUAUCGGUUAUUGUAUUUAUUUUGACAGAAAACGACGGAGUGAUCCGAACUUCAAGAAAAGGCUGCGAGAACGCAGAAGAAAACAAUCUACCAAAGAAAAGACUGGUCUGGCCAGGUUGCCUGAUAUGAAGGAUGCAGAGGCUGUACAGAAGUUUUUUCUCGAAGAGAUUCAGUUGGGAGAAGAGCUGCUGGCCCAAGGAGACUAUGAGAAGGGUGUGGAUCACCUGACCAAUGCCAUCGCUGUGUGUGGCCAGCCCCAGCAGCUCCUACAGGUUCUCCAGCAGACCCUGCCUCCUCCAGUCUUCCAGAUGCUGCUCACCAAACUGCCCACCAUCAGCCAGAGAAUCGUGAGUGCCCAGACUUUAGCAGAAGACGACAUUGAAUGAAUGAAUACGUGAGGUGCGUGCGUGUGUGCGUGCGUGCGUGUGUCAGACAAAGAGCGUGUGUGUUUCUUCAUGCAUGAGUGCUUGUUUUAGUGGCUAGCCCAGUCGAGAUGGCUGCCCUUGGGCAUUGGAUGACGGGAAUGGGAAUCCCCCCCCCCCAUCUGUGGCCUGUUAGAAACACUCUUGCCAUUCUUCAAUCUACUGGAACACAUUCCCAAUGCGGUUGCCCUCCUUCCCAGUUUUCACUGUCUUAUAUCAUGACCAACUGUAAAAGACACUUAAAUAAAUGUGCCCAUUCCACAUAUGUCAUUCAACCCAAACUGUGAUUGUUUUUGUAGAGCUCUGUUGAUUCAUGUAGAUUAAGCCUGAGGGACGAUGUGGUGCUACAUCACCAUGAUUCAUCUUUGUUUGUCACAGUGUCAUAUCAUGUCGUCUCUGUGGACAACAUGUUCUCUUUACUGGGUUGGUUUUUCUCAGAUGUCCGUGGUAGCUGUUUUUUACUUUACCCCGCAUUUCAGAAAUCAUCCCAAACAAUGGAAUAAAAUGAGGAAAUGUUAUA